AUGGCCCACGCAACGCCAGUAGCCCCUAAAGCAAAAUUAGGCAAGCCUAGCUUUUUCAACACACUCGGGAAGUCUAUCUUGACCACUUUCUCUCCGAAAUCAGCGGAACGACGCCAGCCCGUCGUUGACGACGACUGUUACUCAGACGACGACUAUUACGAAGACGAGAACGACUACCUUGUCGAGCCUAAACCUCUGCCCGGAAAUUUCUCGUUCGAAGAAACCCGUGCAGCAUUUUUAAGUAAAGGAAAAGGUUUACAUAGCCCGUCCAAUCCAAUCCGAAACUUGAUCGGGGAAACGUCCAGUCAGCGUCAAGACGAUAGGGCCCACGCCGUCAGCAAAUCCCUACCUAGGACACCGGUCACCCAUACUCGCCUUUAUCCCGAAUUAAACGCUGACGUGGAAGACGUCGAACUUCGCACCGAAGAGGCACCUGAGCAGUCGGGUCCGGGUCUAACGGUGCGGAAAAAUCGCAACAUCCGAGUAAAGGGCCAGCCGCCGACCCGAGUCAGUGAACGUAAUCGAAACAAAGCUUUCCAGCCCCUUGUGCCAGAAACGAUUAAACCUGUCGAGUCCACUCUGAUUGACGACAUCUAUCUCAAACUCGAAAGCGAUCCCGAGUCAGCAGAAGAGAACGACGAUUUCAGCAGCGUGAAGUCUCAUAACGAUUUAGAAGUCGAGCAAGACCUUGAACGCACCAGAGAACGUGUCGAGGAAGAUUUAAGAGAGAAAGAGAAACAGAUAUCAGAAUUAUUAUACAGACCAAUCACAACAAACGACAGAGAAACUAGCUCCUACUAA